AGCGCGCGCAUCGCUGCAUGUUCUACGUGGACGACUGCGUCUCCAGCCUUCAAAGCGAUGUCCCAUUGCGACCGACAGCCAGGUGCUGUGGUGGGCGUCGGCAACAUCUUUGGCAAGGAAUCCUUGGGUGAGAGCGUGUUGGACUACAUGGGCAUGGAGGAGCUCUUCGCGUGCGCCGAGGUGAACCGGCUGUGGCGGUCGGUCGCCUUGGGUUUGCUGAGGAAGAAACUGAUCUCCGUGUCCAUCUGCUGUUCACCGGAAUCGGAGCAGCCGAGCCCUCAACCCUUGCCGGACUGGCCUCACGCAUGCCCGGAGGUGCUGCGCUCGAAGGUCGCUCGCUACUACAACAUCGCGCGCCUGGCCGGCAUGCGUCCAUCACUUGGGUUCCUGUCCUAUCACGCCGACCUGAACGAGGACAAGAGGGUGGUGGACUGGGUGCGCAAGCUGCUGCCUCCGAACUUUGUCAUCGGGGAUGUCAAUCUGAAGCCCGUCCGAUUGGCCGACGACUCCGAUGACAGCACGCACGACGGCAUCUUCGGUGAGUUUCUUUUCCACGCCGAACCAGCCAUGCGACCUGCGCCAACCGCCGACGACCUGCGGCAAUCGACGCCACUGGACAGCUCUGUCCUCGGCUCAUCGUCGUCCUCUCGGUCGAGCCGGGCGCAGACGCGUCGUUCCGAAGGCGAGCUGCCAGCCGUUCCGGUUGCUGCGGCUGCUACCCCAGCCGUUGGAUCGCUGCCGUCGCUGUCUGCCGUCCAGCGACGUCACCGCAUUCCAUCGACGGUCCGAGGCAGCGGCGCCGCUUCCCACAACAUGCUGCCCGGCGCGCUCGUGUUCCUGGCACUGCACGUGACCGAAGGCAGCCCGGACGAGGACGUCAUCAACUCCCGCAUCACGGAGGAGGCGACCGGCAGGAUCAUACAGGACUCUCUGGGUGGCCGCACAAAGACUUCCAUCAUUGCGACCAUCUCGCCUCACAUGACCAAUCUGGAGGAGACACUGAGCACCUUGGACUAUACUCAUCGUGCCAAGAACAUCACCAACUGUCCAGAGGUCAAUCAAAAGAUGACAAAGUGGGUACUGAUCAAGGUUGCGGGGGUGGGCAUCUUCAGCGCCAUGCAGAGCAGCCCGCUGGAUUCGUGUAUGCGCAGCCUGGGCGAGAAUUUCGGCCCCAGGACCGACACCAUCGCGGUGGCAUUCCCGCGCAACCAGGACGAGGCGCGACUCGAGCUCGACGCCUUCGAGCGCAGGUUUCCGAGAGUGCCGGCGCUGGCCAAUCAAGCCACGCAAUUCAACGUGGGCGAUCAGUUCGCGCCCAUUGGCCGCCUGAAGCUCAUACUACUGCUUAUCAAGCUGCUCGACUGAAGAGGUUCGAGCAAGGAAGUGAGCUUGGCGGCGAAGUACACCGUCAGACGACGGCCGCAUCGUGAAUAUACGUUUAUGUCGAGAAACAAGGAAAAAUGAAAAACGCGAUUAAAAAGUCUGUGAUCUAU